AUGAAUUCCGAUCAAGCAAGGCAUUUUCCAUCAUCAUCAUCAAAUUAUUAUCAACAGCAACAACAACAGCACCCACCACAAACAACAACUCCCAAUCAACAACAUGCCAUUCAACCAAAAGGAAAGGAACCUUUUGUAUUUGCAAAAGAUCCAAACUCUAUUCAAGUAUCAGGAAGUACAACCAUUGAAAAAGUUGCCAAAGUGGGUAGAUUGAUGUAUCAAUGGCAAACCGAGAAUAUGUAUGAAUUACAACCCGAAGAUAAUGUUGCUCGAAUGAAAUUAGCUAGCCAAAAUUCUAAUACAAUUAUGAAGGCUUUUAUUGUUUCGAGUCUGAUUUCAUGGGUUGCCACGGUCGGACACAAGAAGGAUGUUUUUUACUAUCCUUUGAGAUCAUAUAUUAUUAAACAAAUUUGUAGAGUGAGACCAUGGCGUUCUUUGAAUCCAUUCACAUCGCUUGCAGUUCAAGCUGGUAUUUUUGCAUAUGCUUUGGGAUAUAUCGGAAAUGAGAGAAUUGCUGCUUACACGUAUACUUUUUCUCAAGUUUGUACUCCAUACGGAUACAUGAUGAGGAAGUUGAUGGCUCAAAUUGAUGACCCAAAGCACAAGUACAAGCCAGCUGUAUUGACUACACAACAUGACUAUGAUAUGGAAUUCGAGAGAAAGGUGAAUGAACUUUUACACAAAAAACCCUCCGAUGUAAAUCAUGAAGAGGAGCAACAUGGCUCUGAAUCAUCGUCCACUAGAUCUGUAAUUCCACCUAGAUAUCAAAGAAAGCCACGAAUUAACAGAGGUUUUUCACAUGAGGAGAGAGUCAAAUCGAGCCCUCACGAUCUUGACAAUCAUUAUUCUGACGAACCUCCACAAGAACAAAAACGUUACGACGAUGAGCAUUAA